UGCUGCUAGCCUUGGUCCUGUUGUUACCAAAACGUCCUUACUUAGCAAGUUGUAGCAGUCAAAUUCAAAGUAAUGUCUUAGAACUAUGUCUACAUCCUCCAAAGUAGUUCUUGGAAUAUCUGUGGUACUGACUGUCAGCACCGUGGCAGGUGUGCAUAUCAAGCAAAACUGGGACAGACAGAGACUUCACGAAGGAGUUGUUCGAGACUUGGAACGUUUAGAGAGGAAAAGAGAAAAUCUGAGGGUUCUCGAGGAACAAAUCAUAUUGACCAAGCAGUUGGAGGCUGAACGGGACCGAAGAGAGGCCGAGGCAACAGCGGGAGCACAGAGGUCCUAAACUGUCAACCUG